AAAAAGAAAAUGAGUGAGGUUGAGGGAUCCCCAGGAAGCUCCAUGCAUGGAGUUACUGGAAGAGAACCAACUUUUGCAUUAUCAGUAGCUUCACCUAUGGUUCCCACUGAUACAACAGCUAAUUUCGACCUGCCGGUGGAUUCGGAGCACAAAGCCAAAAAGUUCAAGCUCUUCUCUUUCGCUAAUCCUCACAUGAGAACUUUUCAUUUAUCUUGGAUCUCCUUCUUCACUUGCUUCGUCUCCACUUUCGCUGCAGCGCCCCUUGUUCCCAUCAUCCGUGAUAACCUCAACCUAAAGAAGCAAGAUAUUGGGAAUGCUGGGGUUGCUUCUGUUUCGGGAAGUAUAUUCUCAAGGCUUGUAAUGGGUGCCGUUUGUGACCUUUUGGGACCCCGUUACGGUUGCGCUUUCUUGAUCAUGUUAUCGGCUCCGACCGUCUUUUGCAUGUCAUUUGUUAAUGACGCCGGAGGUUAUAUUGCCGUUCGGUUUAUGAUCGGGUUCUCACUGGCUACAUUCGUGUCGUGCCAGUACUGGAUGAGCACUAUGUUUAACAGCAAGAUUAUAGGGCUUGUUAAUGGAACUGCAGCUGGUUGGGGUAACAUGGGAGGAGGUGCAACUCAACUUAUAAUGCCCUUAGUUUAUGAUAUCAUUCGACGAGCUGGAUCUACACCAUUCACUGCCUGGAGAAUCGCUUUCUUUAUUCCCGGAUGGCUACAUAUAAUCAUGGGGAUCUUGGUCUUAACACUUGGCCAGGACUUGCCUGAUGGGAACCUUAGCAGUCUGCAGAAGAAGGGUAAUGUCGCAAAAGAUAAAUUCGGCAAGGUGCUAUGGUAUGCCAUCACAAAUUACAGGACUUGGAUCUUUGUUCUUCUCUAUGGAUACUCCAUGGGAGUUGAAUUGUCAACUGAUAACGUCAUUGCUGAGUACUUUUAUGACAGGUUUAAUCUCAAACUACACACAGCAGGGAUAAUUGCUGCAACUUUUGGUAUGGCAAACCUUCUUGCUCGUCCCUUUGGUGGCUACGCGUCCGACAAAGCUGCGCAGUUAUUUGGCAUGAGAGGCAGACUUUGGGUCCUGUGGUUCCUACAAACCAUGGGAGGUGUCUUCUGUAUCUGGCUAGGCCGUGCCAACUCUCUUCCAAUUGCUAUCUUGUCAAUGAUCCUCUUCUCCGUUGGUGCUCAAGCUGCUUGUGGUGCCACUUUCGGCAUCAUCCCCUUCAUUUCGCGACGGUCUUUGGGCAUCAUUUCGGGUCUAACGGGUGCCGGUGGGAACUUCGGGUCCGGACUAACACAAUUAAUAUUCUUCUCAACUUCGAGGUUUUCAACAGCAGCUGGUCUUUCAUGGAUGGGAGUUAUGAUAGUGGCUUGCACUCUUCCGGUGUCUUUGGUGCAUUUCCCUCAAUGGGGCGGCAUGUUCCUCCCGCCUUCCAAAGACGUCGUCAAAUCCACCGAAGAACAUUAUUACUCUUCGGAGUGGAACGAAGACGAAAAGAAAAAAGGUAUGCACUCAUCGAGUCUCAAGUUCGCCGAGAAUAGCCGGUCGGAGCGUGGAAAGCGCGUUGCAUCGGCUCCAACCCCACCUGAUACAACUCCUUCCCAUGUUUAAGUAAUUGCAAAAAGGGUUUCUUUUUCCACCGUUUGAAUAAUAAGAAGGGUUCCCCUUUUAAAAUUAAGCCUUAAUGAGUCCCUUAGAUGCAAGAUGUUGUAAUAUCCAAAAUGAAAUGGAUUCCAAGCUGAUGUUGCUAAUCAAGAUGGG